AUGGACUGUUUCCAGCUCAGCCCUGACAGUCGCCACACUACAACUGGGCAGAAAGGGGAACUUCAGACCUCCUUGGACAGCGACAUCAACCAACACUUCCAGGAUGCGAUUGAUGUGAUUCAACAGCAUUCAAAUAACUCAUAUUAUGACUCAGAAUACACAUACUAUGAGACCCUGGGUCCCUGCUGCCUCGUCACGCACCCGUCUGAUGUGGCUCCCCCGGUGUAUGAGUGGAACGACAUGGCUCAGCAGCCUUGGCCUCAGGUCAUUCCUGAAGUCUCCCUUGGUCACACGAUGCAGACUGAGGUCCCUCAGUUUUACUCAGUUUUACCACCACAGAGAAAUAGCAAAGGUCGUAAGAAGCUCAGACUCUAUGAAUACCUCCACGAAGCUCUGAACGACCCCAACAUGGGUGACACCAUCCAGUGGACAGACAGCAGCAGCGGCACCUUUCACUUCAUCUCCAAGAACAAGGAGAAGCUGGCUGAGUGCUGGGGCCAACGCAAGGGCAACCGCAAGACCAUGACCUACCAGAAGAUGGCCAGAGCUCUGAGAAACUACAGCCGCACUGGUGAGAUCAUGAAAGUGAGGCGCAAACUCACCUACCAGUUCAACCCCGACAUCCUGCACCGACUCGGCUCCACGCACGUGACCAUGCACUUGCCGGGGCACCACACCCAGGAGGAGGGGAGCACGUGGCAGCAGAGCACGGCGGAGCAGAGCUUCUGUGGGCCUGCAGCCAUGGAGAGGCACAGACACAGCUGUUUCAGACACUUCCAGCUGCAGGAGGAUUACGACCUGGCCUCCAGCUUCACCUCACACAGCAUCACCCCGCUGUAAGCUGGAGGACGGGUUGAUCAACAGCUUCCUAAAAACUGCUCAUCUGCUGCUGCCAAACACUCACCAUCCACAGCACAUGCAUGAAUGGAUCUGCUUUGUUUAAUAGAACAUCAUGUAGGACAACACAUGUUAAUUUUCACUUCAACACAUAUGGAUUUAGGAAUUUGAUUUUUUUUUAAAUAUCCCUGAGCAUAACUACUAAAAAUGAUCAAUUUGACUGUUGUUCCUCAAAAUCAACCACUAACGUUACAGAAUGCGUUGUUUUAUUCUGCAAUAAUAGAGAGAUUAAAAAUGCAAUUAUAAUGGGAGUAAAUGGGAGCACAAUUUUAUAUCCGACACGACAAAAAAUAAUCAUGCUUUAAAAUAAUUUUUUUGUUAAUCUUUGACACAUCCAAGGUUACAAUUUUCCAAAGCCCCCUGUCAUAUAUUAUAUAGAAAAUAACUCAUUAUAUGUGUGUGAUUUUAACAGAAAACAGUGGCAUCAUGGAUUCAAACAGGCAUUAAAAGGGUUAAAAAUCCUGAAAUAAUUAAAUAUUUGGUAGUUCUGAUAAGGACUGAAGUUCAUUAAAAGAUUUUAGCCAAAAAAGUGAAAAGUAUAAAUUUGUAAUAUCUUUAUAGCAGUUUGGUUAGUGCACAUUAAUUUUUUGCUUAUGA